GAGGUUCUGUGCUCGUUUGCUCCCGCCCCUUCCUGCUGUUUUGCAGCCGUGUCCACAGGGACUCGCAGGGCAGGAAGGUGGGGUUUUCUUUAGUUUUCUCCUGAUUCCUGGCUUGCACAGCACCUGGGUGCCGCCCGCCGCCCUGGGAUUUGCCCAGCUCCGUCAUCUGAGCCAUGAGGAUCUGGUGCCUCCUGCUCGUCUCUGGAGUCUGUGCAGGGACGGUGAGCUCACAGGACACCUGCAGACAGGGCCACCCCGGCGUCCCUGGGACCCCUGGUCACAAUGGAUUGCCUGGAAGAGAUGGACGAGACGGCACGAAGGGCGACAAGGGGGAUGCAGGUGAACCAGGACGUCCCGGUGGUCCAGGGAAGGACGGGAUGAUGGGAGAGAAAGGAGAACCAGGGGUCGAUGGACACGUCGAAGCCAAGGGCAUCAAAGGCGACCAGGGCUCCAGGGGACCUCCAGGAAAACAUGGGCCCAAGGGACUUGUGGGCCCCCCAGGAGAGAAAGGCCUCAGCGGAGAGCCAGGCCCCCAAGGGCUGAAGGGGGACAAGGGGGACGUGGGUCCCAUUGGUCCGGAAGGGCCAAAGGGCAGCACUGGACCUUCGGGCCCAACUGGCUCCCCGGACCCCAUGGGGCCCAUUGGAAAGCCUGGUCCCAGGGGAGAUGCCGGACCCCUGGGGCCCCAGGGUGAGCCGGGCGUCCGGGGAGUGAGGGGCUGGAAAGGGGAUCGCGGAGAAAAAGGGAGAAUGGGUGAGACGCCGGUCUUGCCCAAAAGCGCCUUCACCGUGGGGCUCACGGUGCUCAGCAAGUUCCCCCCGUCGGAUGUACCCGUCCGAUUCGACAGGAUCCUGUACAACGAGUUCAACCACUACGACGUGGCCACCGGGAAAUUCACCUGCCACGUGGCCGGCGUCUACUUCUUCACCUACCACCUCACUGUCUUCUCCAGGAACGCCCAGGUGGCGCUGGUCAAAAACGGGGUCAAAAUCCUGCACACCAAGGACGGUUACACGAGCUCCGAGGACCAGGCGUCGGGUGGCAUCGUCCUGCCGCUGAAGCUGGGGGACGAGGUGUGGCUGCAGGUGCUGGGAGGGGAGCGGUUCAACGGCUUGUUUGCGGAUGAGGACGACGACACCACGUUCACGGGCUUCCUCCUGUUCAGCAGCUCGUGACCGUGACCGUGACGGUGACGGGCGCCUGUGCGCAUCUGCCGCCGCCGUGGCCCCAGAAUUGGCGCAGCGAAGAUGUUGUUUGAUGAUCUCACGGAUGAAUGAAACCAUCGCCGUCAAACCCGUAAAAAAGGCGAAAGAUAGGCAGGUUAUUUCCCGAGCUGAUUCUGUAGGUCUUUCCUGUCAUUGCAAGAGUACAUGUAAAAAUACUUGCCCUGGGAGUUCCUGUUGUGGCUCCGGGGGUUAAGAACCCGACUAGGAUC